AUGGGCAAAGACAGGCAGCGCGAGCGCUGUUCCCGUUUCCGUGUUUGUGUGAUCAGGGAACACACUCGCUUCGCUGCCUUUCCUCACAUUCAUUUGGAAGCGCAAGAGGAACGGGAAAAUGUCGUACGAACUCAAGAAUGUGUUCGCUGUUCUCCCCCAAAUGCAAAGGGCAGCUGGAAAAGUCAUUGGAGGGGAUCCUGCAGGCAACACCUUCCUCUAUACGAAUAAGAAAAGUGUCAUCAUCAGGAACAUUAAGAAUCCAUCCAUAGCAGACAUUUAUACAGAACAUGUUGCUGAUGUUUCCGUUGCCAAGUAUUCUCCUUCUGGAUACUAUAUUGCUUCUGGAGAUUGUUCAGGAAAGAUCCGUAUCUGGGACACCACCCAGUCAACACAUCUGCUUAAGUAUGAAUACAUGCCGUUUGCAGGCAAGAUCAAGGAUCUUGCUUGGACGGAAGAUAGCAAGAGGAUUGCUGUUGUUGGUGAAGGACAAGAGAAGUUUGGGGCAGUGUUCCUGGCAGACACUGGCUCCUCUGUGGGAGAAAUUAAUGGUCACAGCAAAAUUGCUAACACUGUUGACAUAAAGCAAACCCGCCCUUACCGCAUUGCCAGUGGCAGUGAUGACCGCACAGUUUGCUUCUAUGAGGGGCCUCCAUUCAAGUUCAAGUCCACAUCACAGGACCAUGAUGCAUUUGUCAACUCUGUCCGUUUCUCUCCAAAUGGAAGUCUGUUUGCUACAGGUGGCUCUGGUGGCAAGAUAAUACUCUAUGAUGGAAAGACUGCUGAAAACCCUUUGUCAUUGGGUUCUGAUAAGGCCCACAGUGGAGGAGUCUAUGCUGUUUCCUGGAGCAGGGAUGGCUCCCACUUAAUGUCUGCCUCAGGUGAUAAAACUGUGAAGCUGUGGGAUGUUGAGAAAAAUAUUGCAGUCACCACUUUCCAAAUGGGUAAUCAAACUGAUGACCAGCAGCUGGGCUGUCUUUGGCAGAAUGACUAUCUACUCAGCAUCUCCUUGUCAGGCUGCAUUAACUACUUGGAUAAGAACAAUCCUGACAAGCCCAUACGCAUCAUCAAGGGUCACAGCCAAUCCAUCCAGUGUCUAACGGUUCACACACAGGAAGGACGAAAAUACAUCUGCACUGGAAGUCAGGAAGGACUCAUCACUUACUGGGAUGCAGAAACUGGGGAUGGUAAUUAUUUUUCUGGGAUUGGUCACACGAACCAGGUGCGCAGCAUGACGAUUGAGGACAACGAGCUUGUGACAUGCAGCAUGGAUGACACAGUACGUUACACCAACAUGGACAAGAAGGAGUACAGUGCUGCCGAUGUUGUGAAGAUGGAUUUCCAGCCUAAAAAGGUGUCUGCGUCAUCAGGUCGACUUUCACUUGCUGUGUGCAUUGGCCAGAUUGUCUUGCUGAAGAAUAAGAAGAAGGUCUUCACACUGGAAAAACCUGGGUAUGAACCAGAAGUAUGCGCACUGCACCCUGGAUUAGCGACUGCUGCAGUGGGGGGAGCAGAUGCGAAAGUCCAUCUGUACUCUAUUCGGGGCGACACUUUAGUUGACAAUGGUCAAACUUUAGAUGUUAACGGGAUAGUGACAGACAUGGCCUACUCUUUUGAUGGAGCCCAUCUUGCUGUUACAGAUGACAAAAAGGCGGUCACAGUCUUCAGUGUGGCAGAUAACUAUUCGGUCAAAGAUGAAUUUUAUGGCCACCAUGCAAAAAUAACUGCUUUGGCCUGGUCACCUGAUAAUAACCACUUGGCAACAGGUGGGAUGGAUUCCUUGAUGUUUGUGUGGUCACUUGAUGAUUCAAACAGAAGAAUAAAAAUCACUGAACCUCACAGGCUGUACCACAUCAGCAGCAUGGCCUGGCUUGAUGAGAACACUAUAGUCACGACUGCCUAUGAUGGUACUGUCAAGCAGUGGACUAUAAAAUAUUGAACUGCAAGCAAACGCACUAUCUCCACGGACGACUACUUGAGAACUCAGCCUUGUUUUGUUUAUUAUUUUUUUAAAACAUUUGUCUAAAUGCUUGUCUACGCUGUAUGUAUACCAAUGCUGCGUUCACAUAUCUGCAGUAAGCAGGAGACUAAUACUGGAGAAAGGAGGAAAUGGACAGUAAGAUGGAUUAUUUAACUACAGAGAGUCACUUAGGUUUAAACAAUUUAAUAAAUUGUGACAUUACAGAGGAAUUAAUCUAUAAUUUCACACAGAUUGCUUUUUAAGCUAAAACGCUUUCAGUUAAGUAAAUCGUAGUCCGUGUUAAUGUUGGGGGGGGAACGUACCUGCAUUCUGCUGUUGCGGAUGACAGGUAUUCUCUUAUGACGACCGCUGCGGACAUAUGAACACAGCAUAAGUUGUAAACGGCCAUAAUGGAAAAAAUGUCUGCAAUAUCUUUGAUGGCUGAUAUCCUCAUCUUUCACUGCAGAAUAAUGCAGUUUGUAGUCUAAUCAGGAGUGCUUUUACAUAUUGGAGCUUUAUGGACCCAGAAAAAUUUGCAAGCUUGACAUUCCAUAGGUUAUCUUUUUGUGUAGUUGGGUUUCAUCUAUCCUAAGACAUGUUAGCACAUCUUUUUGGUUGAAUGUGUCAAAAAGAUGUAACUGCACUUGUUUGUAAUAUCCCUAGCAGGGAGUAUACAACUUUAUGGGGUAGCGGCUUAUUUUUUGACUUUGUCUGUUAGAUUGGGGGAUAGUAAAUGGGAACAAAACUGGGGUGGGUGGUGUAGAGUUUAAAAAAAAAAAAAAAAAAAAUGCUGUGCACUUACUUGGUGUUUUUUGUUUGGGCCUUCUUUAAUAUUUCCCCUCUCUCCACUGUCCCCUUUCCUGUGAUUUUAUCAAUCAAUUCCAUGCUGGAAGCAGUUCAUAAUAAACUGUAUUUUCUGACUUC